AUGACCGAAGCUAUACAUCGCCUCUAUGAAGCGUCCAAGAUCGGCAACUCUCACUAUCUCGGUCUACUUGAGGAACCUAACAGACCGGUCACUACGUUUGCCAUAUUGGAGGCGCUCGGUUUGAUCAAACUGGGGUCUGAUAAGGCGGCAUUGAUACAGGAUAUCUUAGCCACCGACGUCGCAAGGGACAGGGAGCUGACAGCUAAUAUCGCUCAAUGUCGGCCCCUUCCAUGGAACCAGGUGUUGGAAUCUCCUUUAAACGCUCCCGAUUACACAUAUGAGCAACCAGAACCUUUGACAACCACAGCGCCAUCUGAGAUCAAAGGGCAACAAACAAAGAUGGAAUUUUAUCCACUCUAUGAACUCCAACAACCUGACGAGUAUGCGGAGACUCAGGCCUUCGUCGAGCCUUCUGGGUAUCCAGAUAUCUUUCUAAAUGAAAGUUUCUGGCAAAUACCCACGAAUUCAGAGAUGGAAUGGGCAAAUGAAUCCCAGCACUUCUUUCAGGAUCAGAGUUACGUCUGCAGCUAUAUAUGUCCUCCGCCAUCUGCUUGUCCAUGUUUGGAUAUGGAGAUCUAG